UUUUGUGCGCAUGCGCAAACACUAGGCAUCUCUUUACGUUCCCCUUUCCUGUUGCGACCCAUGUGAUUGUUUUUCUUUAUGCUAGACGAUUUCGGUUUUCGUUUCUACCGCUGUCGUUCGCUCGAGAAGACCGACAAAAUGUCGGCGGACGCUGUAAACAUCCAGGCGCAAGUGGAGUCAGUGCUGGGUGCGCUCGUUAAAAUCGCUACGAUGGAGUUGACCAAACUGUUCGAGAGUAGGUACCGAAGCGUGGCUACUUCCCAGGAAGUGGGCCGCGCCGACAACGACUCUCAAGAUACUUUCUCGUCUGAGGAGAGAACACGCAGCAUCGGGGUGCAAGUGGACGAGCACGUAAACACACCGCUCGGCUUCUCGUAUGGCGGUUGUUCCAAAGAGUACACAAAAGAGCAGGGGGUGCUGGGUUGCCUCAGUGUUCUCCUGACUGGGGAUAAACCACAUGACAAGCAGGCGGAGACUGGAGAUGGGGCAGAGUUGAGCAUCUUUGAACAGACAGGUGCUAGUUUGGAUGAUCAAAAAUGUGGGCCCAGACAUAGUCCACCAGCUAAGCAGAAGCCUCCUUCAGUUCAGCCCGACCCGAGUGAAGAUGUCUCAAUUAGUUGCCCGCUUACCCAGAAGCCGGAGUCUUCCACAUCUCAGCCUCACAGCUCUGAGACGCCUGUUAAAGCAGAACCUAAUCAAGCUUGCGCGAGCACGGCCAAAGGUAGAGCCUACAGCCCGUCUCUUUGCGACGGAGCCGUAAAUCCGGUACCGGCCGGCAUUCAGGAACACCCGCCCUUGCCAAACGGAAAGACAACCCACCUCCGAAAAUGCUCCUUACCGGAUCAAAAGCUGGGCGGUGCGUGUGUGGUGCAACUGGUCGAUGUGCGCACUGCAGCGGAAAUGGAGGCGAAGAUUCAGCAGCGCAGCGGCAAUGGUAAGGCGAGAUUGCCCUUGCCUAAAGAUUUGCGCCGCCACCAAGGCGUACACACGGGCCACCGCCUGUGCUGCUUCGCACCGCCUGAAGACGGCAUAUGGCGACUGCAGAAGGUCAUAAGCCACUCCCACAAUGGCUACGCAUGCGCCAUAUGUGGCAAAAUGUUCAAACGGCGCAAGAUUCUCCGGCGACACGAGCGUUUCCACUCUGGCGAAAAACCGUACUCCUGUUCCCAGUGUUCCAAAACAUUCGCGCUCAGGAAGAGUCUACGCCACCACGUCAGAUUCCACACGGGGGAAAGGCCACACAAAUGUACGCACUGCGACAAAAGCUUCCGCCUGCGGGAAAAUCUGAAAACUCACCUGAGAUUUCACACUGGAGAGAAACCGUAUCGAUGCCACUCAUGUGGAAAGAUGUUCCGUAUCCUGGGAAAUCUGGACAGACACCAACUCAACCCAUGUGGAUUCUUCGUGCCCUCAUUCCGGACCGUCGCCGGGCUCUAGCUGAGACUCGUACGGCCCUCGUUCUCUUUUUUUUUUUUUUUUUUUGCUAACUUGGCUAUAGCUGUGACGUGUUGCUUGCCUGUUCUUGAAAGUUUUAUUCGCAGCUUUAGCAAAACAAUUAUACACCAGUCAAUGAGUCAUAAGUUGUAUUUUGACAAAUUCAUAUUUGUCACUCUCAUUAGGUCAUAGUAACUAGGUGCUUGUGUGAAAUUUCUCUUUUAGUCAGGUCUGUGAUAAAAACAUGCAGUCCAUUGCAGGGGUUAGAUUCCAGUCUAGCCCUGCAUUCUACAAACGUAAUUCAUUUCUGACCGUAUAUAUCGAUAAUUACACCCAAAGAUGAAUUUAAAAAAAACUGGAUUUUUGUGGCGUUGAAUAACAGUGAUGUCCCAAUCUGACACUCUGUAUCAGCGCCUGUUACUGUUAUUUUUGGAGAUCCAGUUGUUUGUUUUCGGUACAAUUGCGAUUUUUUUCUUUUUUACAUACUAAAUACAAAAAAUCUGGUUUGUCAUUUAAUGGUGACAUUAUUUCUUUUGCAUUAUUUUUACUGGUCUAAAAAUGUCUUUGCAAAAUAAAAUUUAAAAAAAAAAUGCGUUCCCUACUGAAUAUUCUUAGGAAAAAAAUAGUUAAUAUUUGCACCCAAAGACAUACAUUACAAAUGAUCCUUAAAAAGCAGAUUGAUGAGGAUUAUGACACUGAAUACCCUUAAAAAAACUUUAAACUUUUGAGGGGAAGAAGUAAAAUUUAGAUUGUGUCAAAAAUAUAUUUUAAAAAGUUGGGGCUGUGAAAAGGCAAUGUUUUAUUCACUUUUAUCACGCCUUUGUUUUCUAUUAAGACUCCCCCAGAUUUUUGAAUUCCUGGUUUAUUUCCUGAAUUCUCCCAAAAAUGGUUCUUAAGUUUGAAAUGGAAACUUAACAUUCUUAGCGGCAGCUACAUGAAAGGGAAUCUUGCAAAGCCAAGACUGGCAGAUUUGUGAAGUUCAGCCCUGUGUGAAAGGGGUGUUUGAGCUAUUCAGGGAUGCUUGCACAUUUUGCUACCUCAGACUGUGAACAUUAUGAAGUUUCCAUGAAACGUAAUUGCGUUUUCUGUAUUUUUUUAUUUUCCUCACCAAAAAUAUUGAUGUGUAUCUUAAAUGCUAGGGCAACAUGUUUGCUAGAUUCAAGUUUUUAAUAUUUGAUGACUGGGAAGGAAAUGUCCUUUUACACUUUGGUUUUAUUUUUUACUUUGACUUUGUUUACACUGUUUCUGACAGCUUCGCAGUUUGUGAUUGCCAUGUUUUUAUACGUUAGAUUCUGAGGCUAUAUUGUGUCUAAGUGAUACUUGAAUGGCCCUUCGGAUUAUUAGGCUAGCUGGUAAAGCGCCUGUUUUAUAACUGUCAUGAUUACUGACUGUUUUACUCUCACUAUCCUGAUGAUUUAAGAUUAAAGAACUACUGACGUUUCUAUUUUUUUUUUUUUAAUGUGUCUUCAAGAAUGAAUCUUCACAGUGACAAAUGAUGGAAAAAUGAACAGCAUUUUCAUGCAUUCCUUUUCAUAUUCCAUGAAAAUUUGAAAGGUUAUGGCGUUAGGCUAGUUUUGAACGUUAUGA